CGGCGGCGCAAGUACUGGUCGAGGAAAAGUGUGUUUAUGCGGGGAAGUUCGGGGGUCUCUGCUGCAAGGGCACGGAUCAUCUCCAUCUUCGUCCCUCCAUUACGAAGGUAAAGCGCAAUAAAUACACCCAAAGACUUUCCGAGAAUCGACUGACUGCCUGCGCAAGCCGAGGAGAUCAUCCACUCGGUCAUAAGAGAAUUACCAGCGAAUGGAUCCGCCAAAGGUCGUUUCAGCAUCUAUCUUAGCGACUUCCCUCUGUUGGGUCGCAUUGUCAUGAGGCUACCUAGGUAUUGAUAGGUGGGAAGGCAUACUUGUAGGAUGCGGCUGAAUUGCAACCCCGCGUGGUUGUCUAAGCAUUACUGUGUAGCCUUCCAUGACCAUUGGGACCGCUUCUUUACUUACUCUGGCUGAUUCAAACCUCCUUUUCCCACAUUGCCAUGUCGGACGACACUUCAGACGUAUUGGAUGACACUUCAGACGUAUUGCUUGACACUUCAGACGUAUCGAUAACUCUCCCAACCAAGACCCAAAGGUUAUUCCGCACACUCAAAAACUACACUUCCAACACCCUCCGUUCCACCGAAGACGUUAUUCGAAAGCCUGUUUAUCUCGGCCUUGCUUCUGCUACCAACGCGCUCGAGGCAUGCACCACCAAGCGAUUGUUACGUGACGUAGGGCGCUCCUCAGCUCCCAGCAUAUGUCCAGAAGGCAACGUUAGACUGCACGAACUAUGCAAAGCCUGCACAUUGUUCACUCAACGUUCAGUAGUGCUGAACUGGCUUGAUGAUCAUGACCCUCGUUCAGACUGGGCCCCACGAGAACGUUACCAACUCUGUACUGUAGCUCAUUUAAAACGAUUGAAUGGACACUGUCAUCUCUGCACAAUCCUCUACUUCUUUGUUGCACAUGACACAUCAGUUUGGACGCCCGGGAAUCUCUACAACAACUGGAUGUAUCUCGAAAUUCUGCCUCGGCAACGGGAAGACGGUACGAUUUACCUCAAAGACGGUACGAUUCUCCUCGAAGACGGUACGAUACCCCUCGAAGCGUCGCUAUAUCCAAGCCAGGCGUAUGUGGGGCGAUUCAGUCUACGUCUGCUCGCAGACAAUGAAGCCGGAAAUUAUGCAGAUGCGAUGGCGAGGGCAGCUCAUGUUCCAAUCUGGUCGAAUGAUAACACUGAACGCGUGCGAGGAUGGCUCGAGAGUUGCUUGAAAACCCAUGGCGCAUGUCGGGCACCCAAUAACGAAACACUAUCACCUGCAACAAGACCCAGUAGGAUUCUUGCAAUCAACGGGGAUAGAGUGAAGCUUAUUUGCAAUUGGUCUGAAUCGAGCGAUUGCAAGUACCUUGCGUUGAGCCAUAUGUGGGGUAUUGAUCCCAAACAGCAGCUGCGACUAGUCUUGUCCCGUCUUGAUGAGUUUCAGGAGGACAUACCCUGGAAGGAGCUCCCUUUCAUCUUCAAAGAGGCAAUUAGAAUAGCUCGGCAGGUUGGCUACAAUCAUAUCUGGAUCGACUCUCUUUGUAUCAUUCAAGACUCGGCAAGCGACUGGGAAAACGAAGCUGGUAAGAUGGCUCAUGUUUACGGGCUUGCGGACUGCACCAUCGCUUAUCUUCUGCCCCCACAAGACGUGCUCACCAAACCACGACAAGACCCACUGGUCUGGACACCUUGCAUGCUUCGUCGUUCCAGUGUUGCAUCGAGAGGUGUGUAUGUUUGUACUACAAUAGAUGAAUAUCCGCCUAGGGGCGGUGGUCAUGAUAGGGCACCAUUCGGUAUCGAUUGGCUCUCACCAAAGGACUGGCCACUAUUUACACGAGCUUGGGUAUGCCAAGAGUAUCUACUUAGUCCUCGCAUAUUGUUUGCAGGCCAUCGAAACCUCAUGUGGGAGUGCUCGGAAUCACUUUGUGAUGAGCUUCUGGGUCCGAUCGAAAGGUUUCCCGAAGCCACAGCCUCAAAAACACAUUUCUCUGUUGUCAGAUCAACCAGGCUCCCAGUAACGAGUAUGCCUGUGCAGGUAGAAUUCGUGCAAAAUUGGGGGAGGCUUGUCCGUCAUUAUCGCACAGGCGUGUUGACGCAGCCUAAAGACCGUAUUAUGGCUUUCGCUGGAGUUGCACAAGCUGUUCAUGAUAGCAGUGGAAUGACUUAUCUGGCUGGCUGCUGGGCGCAAAUGUUCCCAUUCUCCUUUACCUGGAGUUUGGUUAUUCCAUGGGAUAAGAGCACGAUGAUAGAGGUGGAAGCAAUCAUUGAAGCGGUACCUUCUUGGUCAUGGUUCUCGGUUCCGAUAUUCUCUUCCGAUACAUUUAGGUUUGAAGUCGUGGAGGACUUAUCAAGAGUGCUACGUCUUUCGGCAACCACGAGGGCUGAAUCGAUGUAUGAAGCCACCCUGCUUUCCUUCGAAGACAGGUCGCAACAAACCUAUGCCGGUCAACAAGCCUAUGCCGGUCCCUUGUCGACCAAAGACUUCCAUAAUUUCACAGGGAUGACGCUGAAUCUUGCCAUGAAGACUUGGACUGGCUUUCUGGAGAAUCCCAUGAAUCUCGAUCUACGACGCGGACCGUCGAUCCGAGAUCAAUUUAACAUGCUCUUAGGCCAGGAUGGUGGUUUUCUCCAGUGCCAGUUUGACCAUCAAGAAACAGAGCGCAAUCACUACGACAAGGUGAUGACUUUUGGGCUUCUCAUCGAACUUCGCGCAUGGCUUGAUCUAGAGUAUAACUUCUUCGACUUUGAGCAACCACUCUUAAUAGGGUUGAUAAUGCAACCGGAGCCCAGCCGCGAAACUUACAAGCGCAUCGGUCUAUGGAAGCUGAGGCUAUAUCAAUACCCACUGGGGUGGGACACGGAAACAUUCAAUGCGGUCUCGAUUUUCGAUCAACUUAAAGACGUUCGUUCAGAGCAUAUCAGGCUCGUCUGACCAGACAGGCUAGGCUAGUGCGGUCUGAGCCCAGGUGCUAUUCAAUAUGCGCUGAUCUGCGAUUACACGAUCAUUAAUGUAAAUUUGCUUCAUGGCAUGGCUUGCUGUGCUACAGAAAAUUGUAGCUUUCUUAUAUACCACUCUUACGUAUUACUAUCCUCUUCCACACUCACGCUCGGCUCUAGCCAGCCGCGAAUUUACUAGUACU